AUGCUGUUGUCUAGGCAAAUGAAAUCUCUGACAAUACGGUAUCUCAAAUCGACAAGUGGUCGCUCAGGGCCAUUUAUGUCUUAUUUUGAUUCCCCAAAAUUUUUUUCCAUAUCCUCCAGAGCAAUUCAUACAUCACAGAAUCUUAAAAAUAAUGCCAGCACUAACCCUCAGAUGACUUUUCCUUGUCUUGAUAAAUUGGAAAAAAAGACAGAAGCAUUGUCAGGGUGUACUAAUGAUUCUACUGCAUCAACCAUGGAAUCAGGUCCAGAGCCAUCAUAUUCAAAGGUGCAAACUGGAUUUAAGCUAUAUAAGAGUGGGAAGCCAAUAUUUGUCGACAACGGGGGUUAUCUUCCAAAUUAUGAAAUAGCUUACGAAACUUGGGGUGAGUUGAACAGUGCAAGGGAUAAUAUAAUUUUGAUCCAUACUGGCUUAUCUGCGUCUUCUCAUGCGAAGUCUCAACCAUUGAACAACAAACCAGGCUGGUGGGAAAACUUCAUUGGUCCUGGAAAAUACUUGGAUACAAACAAAUACCUUGUGGUUUGUACUAAUGUUUUAGGUGGCUGCUAUGGCUCAACUGGUCCUUCUUCUAAGGAUCCAGCUAAUAAUGCUUACUAUGGCACCAGAUUUCCAAUUCUAUCAGUGAAUGAUAUGGUAAGAGCACAAAGGGAAUUAAUCAGAGACGUUUUCAAGGUAAACAAGAUAUAUGCAGCAGUAGGUGCCUCCAUGGGUGGAAUGCAAUCUCUCGCGUAUGCGUGGGAAUUUCCGGAUGAAGUUGAGAAGAUAGUAUCGAUAAGUGGUUGCGCGAGAUCGCAUCCCUAUUCAAUAGCGUUGCGUCAUACUCAAAGACAAGUUCUUAUGAGUGAUCCAAAUUGGAAAAGAGGAUUUUACUAUGGAAAGGUCCCCCCUCACAUAGGAAUGAAGUUGGCGAGGGAAAUAGCAACAGUCACGUACCGGUCUGGACCAGAAUGGGAAUAUCGCUUCGGAAGAAAUAGAGCAGAUGAUUCUAAGCCCCCAGCGUUUUGUCCUGACUUUUUGGUAGAGACCUACUUGGAUCAUCAAGGCGAAAAAUUUUGUUUAGAAUAUGAUCCGAAUUCCUUUUUGUAUAUUCUGAAAGCCAUGGAUCUUUUUGAUUUAAGCCAAUCGAACCGAGAAAAGGCGCAAAGAGUUAGACUUGCGACAGAACAAAAAUUCAAUGGAGAACUUACCAUGGAAAGCGAAGGCUCACUUCCAAAAGAACCAUAUAAAGAAAAAGUGCAGUCCGCCACAACAACACCAGAAGAAUCAUUAGAAGAUCUACAAAAAGGGUUAAGCAAGAUCGCUCACAAAGAUGUUUUGGUGAUAGGUGUCGAAUCGGAUAUUUUGUUUCCAGUUUGGCAGCAAAGGGAAAUUGCAGAUGUUUUGAAGAAAAAUAAAAAAGGCGGUAACAUAACGUAUUUCGAAUUAGGCACAGAUGUAAGCAAUUAUGGACACGACACAUUCUUAUUACGUUUGGACAAUAUCGGUGAGCCAGUGAAGGAUUUCCUUUCUAAUUCAAAUUAG